CAAUAAAACCGAAAAAGCGAGAUCAACAGUAUUUUAUUGUCGAGCUUAAACAGUGGAACAAAAUUCCGGUGUGAAAUCCUCACCGAUCGCGUAAAUUUCUGCUGAAAAAUCCAUCGAAUCGAUCAACUGCGGAGUCUUGAUUUGAUCCCCAAACAAAAUGCAGUUCUUCGGCGGCACAGAAAUCAGUCCAUCUCCUCCGGUGCCGACCGCAUCCGGCGACAUGAUGAAAACCGAAUUCAUUCUUUGAUGGAUUUUUUCACCAAUUAUAUAUAGUGUCUUCUAACACGCAGUCUUAGUGAACCAGUGAUGAAAACCGUUAGACAUAUUUCCCGCCAAAUUAUAACGAACACUUCCUCCGCAGAAGCUUCCAUCAUCCUCUCACUAGACAAGCACCUCGACCUCAACACACUGCAAAAGCUCCACGCCCGCAUCAUCUCCGACCCCAAUUUAUGCUCCGACACCUCCCUCGCCAUCAAGCUUAUGCGCGCCUACGCCGCCCGCCGCAGACCCGAUUCCACCCGCAAGGUGUUCGACAAAAUUCCCGAGAGAAACAGCGUCAUUUGCAACGUCAUGAUCCGGAGCUACGUCAACAAUCAUAUGUACCAAGAUGCGAUCCUCAUGUACAAAAUCACGCUGGCUUCGGGCGUUUUCCCCGAUCACUACACGUUCCCCUGCGUUCUCAAAGCUUGCUCGGCCUCGGAUAAUUUCCGUUUUGGGGUGCAGAUGCAUUCUCCCGCCGUGAAGAAGGGCCUUGAUUUGAAUCUUUUUACAGGUAACGGCCUUGUUGCGAUGUACGGGAAAUGUGGGAAUUUGGUGGAGGCGAGGCUGGUUUUUGAUGGGAUGCCGUUUAGGGAUAUUGUGUCUUGGAACUCUUUGGUGGCGGGAUAUGCGCAGAAUGGGAGAUUCGAUGAAGCGUUGGAGGUGUGCGAAGAAAUGGAGAUGUUAGGUGUGCAUCACAAUUCCGGGACUAUGGCUAGUCUGUCUCCGGCUGUGACUGAUACUAGUGUAAAAAAUGUCAUGUUUGUGAAGAGAAUAUUCGUGAACAUGAAUUCGAAGGAGUUAGUGGCGUGGAACGUGAUGAUUUCGAUUUAUACGAAUAAUUCCAUGUCUGAUGAGGCAGUUGAGCUUUACACGGAGAUGGAGGCACGGGGGAUAGAAGCUGAUUCGAUCACUAUCGCUAGUGUGCUUCCGUCUUGUGGCGAUCUCUCUGCUCUGUCGCUGGGGAAGAGAAUCCACGGAUUCGUUAAAUUGAAGAGGAUGCAACCUAAUUUAUCCGUGGAGAACGCGUUGAUUGAUAUGUAUGCGAAGUGUGGGUGCUUAGUCGAAGCGAGGAGAGUGUUCGACGAAAUGAGAAUCAAGGAUGUUGUUUCUUGGACUUCAAUGAUGUCUGCCUAUGGCAGGAGUGGGAAAGGCCAUGAAGCUGUUGAGUUAUUCUCGAAAAUGCAGGAUUUAGGUAUCAUCCCGGAUUCCAUAGCGUUCGUUUCGAUUCUCUCAGCUUGCAGCCACGCGGGAUUACUAGCAGAGGGACGCGAUUAUUACAGAAUGAUGACAGAGAGGUACAAUAUAUCUCCAAGAGUUGAACACUUUACUUGUAUGGUUGAUCUGCUUGGCCGUGCUGGUCUCGUUGAUGAGGCGUAUUCUCGGAUUAAGGAAAUGCCGGUGGAGCCCAACGAUAGGGUGUGGGGAGCUCUACUGAAUGCUUGCCAUGUCUAUAACAACAUGGAUAUCGGGGUUAUUGCAGCUGAUCGUUUAUUCGAAUUGGCUCCUAAUCAAUCUGGCUACUAUGUCCUGUUAUCGAACAUAUACGCCAAGGCCAGGAGAUGGAGCGAUGUAACUCUGGUUCGAAGGAUCAUGAAGGACAGAGGAUUGAAGAAAGUACCCGGUGUGAGCAAUGUGGAGCUUCGUGAUCAAGUCCACACGUUCCUUGCUGGUGAUCGAUCGCACCACCAGUCGAAGGAGAUAUACGAGGAGUUGGAGGUUUUGGUGGCGAAAAUGAAGGAAUCAGGUUACAUUCCCAGAACAGAGACGGCCCUGCACGAUGUGGAGGAGGAGGAUAAGGAGAACCAUUUGGCGGUGCAUAGCGAGAAGUUGGCAAUUAUGUUUAUGCUCAUCAAUAGCAGGCCUGGGACGCCAAUCAGGGUUACGAAGAAUAUACGUGUCUGUGAGGAUUGCCACGAUGCGAUCAAGCUGAUAUCGAAGAUCACUGAGCGACAGAUCACGGUGAGGGACACGAACCGGUAUCACCAUUUUGAGAAUGGCGUUUGCUCCUGUGGUGAUUACUGGUGAUAAGUGAAGAAGAGAAGAGAAGAGAAGAAGAGGAUAAUGUUGUCAUCGACUAAACAAAAUGAAGGCAUUGUAUUAAUGGUCUGCCUACUAUUGUGGCAAGAAAUACAAUGAUGGAUGCGAGAACUGAUUCAGUGAUGCUUCCUUUGGUAGCUAGAAACAUCCAAACUUAUGAUGCUGCAUUAGAUGCCUCCGUUUCUGAGGGUGCCGAUUUUCUUAUUUUUACUCUGAAAGGAGGUGCUUCUCCUGAGGAGCUCGUAAGCUCCAUAUCAGGGAGCAUAAAAAUUCCAAUUUUUAUCAUGUUUGAUUCUCCUAAAGAUGAAAUGUCGCUGCAUUCACUAAACUCAGGAGCUAGUGGUGUAGCUGUUUCAGUGGAUGAAUUGAAAUUGUUGGGAGAAGAUGGAUCGAAUAAGUUAUCUCACAUUGAGUAUGCAUCACAUGCAAAAGCAGACGACAUAGGACAAAGCUUUGAAAAUAUCAAAACUAUAGGCACACAGAAUGGUUUUUAUGGGAAAAAAGAUGAUUGGUGGUUUUACGAGAUUGGAAGAGAGAGAACAACAGUUACUAGACAAGGAGCGAACGAUUUUGAUUGAAGCUACUAGUGUUAUCGAAAGAGCUGCACCACUGGUGAUCCUUCAUUUCUAAAAACCUUUGAUGGGGGAUAUCUCACUUCUCAAAGAUGCUGUUUCUCAACUUGACCAGCCAUUUUCUAUGGUUAUAGUGAGGCUGUUGCUGAUGCAAACAAAGCAAUCGAGUUGGAUCCUUCAAUUGCGAAAGCAUAUCUGCGUAAAGGUGUUGCAUGCUUCAAGCUUGAUGAGUACCAGACUGCCAAGACAGCACUGGAAAAUGGUGCAACUUUGGCACCUGCAGAUUCCAGGUUUACUAAAUUGAUCGAGGAAUGUGAUCAGCGUAUUGCAGAGGAAGCUCAAGAAUUGCCUACACAACUGGCUGAAAAACCUUCAACAGGUGUGGUUACUCCAAAUAAUUUGCCACCAGCAGUUGAGUUGUCCAGUCGAGAAAAAGCAGCAUCGACUACUAGGCUGAAAUACAGCUGCUAAUCAUGGGUUGAUGAUCACAUGGACAUGGUAGCCCCUUAAUGACUAUGGAAGGGACAAUAUGGAAUAAGAGUGGAUCACAUGGUAGCCCCUUAAUCACAUGGCAGCACUGAACAAGUUUUUCAGAGACAUAUACAAGGAUGCAGAUGAAGACACAAGAAGGGCCAUGCAGAAAUCAUUCGUAGAGUCGAAUGGAACGGUGCUAUCAACCAACUGGAAAGAGGUUGGCACGAAAAAGGUCGAAGGAAGAGCCCCUGAAGAAAUGGGAACACUGAAUUGGCUUUGUUUACUCCCACAAUAUUUUUGAUUAUUUGCCCGAGUUGCAUUUCAUGCGAAGUUGUCCAUAUUUUCUGUUUAGCCUUGCCUUGUCCAAAACUAGACUCUUUUUCAUUAUUUUUAGGUUGUUUUCAACCUUUUACACUCACAUUAUUUCUAGCUUUUCUUUCUUUUUUUGGACUAUUUGAUGAUUAUGUUUUUUAUGAGGAUUAAUAAUGGUUUCUAAUUUAUUUCCUUAUCGUGGUUA